AUGGAGGGAGAAGAAUUAAAGUAGUAAGAGUUAAAAGUGAAAAAAUUUAUAAGAAAAUCUAGGUUCACAAAAAGAAAAGAAAGAAGAUAGAAGCUUAGUUAAGAAGCAUAGGCUCAUAAACAAAAAAUAAGCGAAAUAAGACAUUUAGAAAAGGAUUUUAUUUGUGCUAUUUGUUUGUAGUAUAUAUGCUGCAGUACGAGCACUAAAUGUGGGCAUGCUUUUUGUGAAACAUGCCUUACAGAAUAUGAGUUAUUGUUUGAUAAAUGUUUAGUUUGCGAUUCAAGCAUAAAGAAUUAAGAAAUAAGGUCUUGUUUUUUACUAGACAAUUUGAUAUAGGAGUUUAUAGAGCGUAAUCAUCCAUCAGAAUUAUAAAAUUUCAAUAAAAGAAAAGCUGAAUGCAUAUAAUAAAGAUAAAAAAAGUAAAUUUCAGAUUGGCAAAUCGGAAUGAAAAUAGAUAUAAGAGACUCCAAUAAUAUUUGGUGUGUAGGGAUUAUUUCUCGUAUCUAACCUAAUAAAAAUAACUAGGCAUAAAACAUUGUAGUCUGCUAUGUGAACAAUCUAAAUAUCCAAGAAGAAUUACCAUGUGCCUCUUCGAGACUGGCUCCUUUUGGAUUAUAUAGUUCUAGAAAAGACAUUCCUCAUUACAAUAAUUGUUAAAAUACAUCUGAAAUAGUCAUUCACCUACCUACUCUUUCUGAUAAUGUUCCAUAAAAAUUAUUUAUCUAAUGA